GACCACAUCAUCGAACUACUGUCUGUAUUUAGACCCACAUAUCAAAAUAGCUGGUUUGCCGGAGAACAUCAAGAAAGCCAAAGAUAUGGUUGCGGUUAAACUUGAAUCGAAGGUAUUGGAUGACUCUGUUUGGAUUAGAUAGAAAUUAAGAUCCCGGUUUGACUCUAUACUCAGCAACUCAUGCUUUUGUUCUGAGAACUCCUGAGGUGAAUUCAUAGAAAUAAUACAUAUGGAAUACGUACUUCAUAUCGAUUAUUUCUAUGGGUCAGAUGAAACUUUAGUAUUUAUUAAUUGUGACGUCCAUAUCCAAGCAUUUUUACAAACGUUAAAAAAUCACUACCCUACUAUUAUAAAGGCUGCUCUCCGCUCACGCGUUUUUCGUACGUGCGUAUACGCACGAAAAAGCUCAAAUUUUUCUAAAUUUAACACUAGUAUGAAUUACCUGUACAAAUGCACAUUAAAUCAUUCACAAGACUAUAUGCUUACUUUUAUUCAUCCAGUUAUUUCAUAAGUAACAUUUGUAACGGUCAUAAAGUAACUGCUAGGGUGGGCUGCAGCGAUUUGGGACGAGCCAUUUUCCCAAUUUAGAUUGGGUGGGUGGGUGGGUGGGUGGGUUGGUGGGUGGGUGGGUGGGUCAUGAAAUAAAUUUGGUAAGAUUAGAUGGGCUUUGAAAUUUUUAUCUACAUCCUAAGAUGGGUCACCAAACUUAUUGGCAAAAUUUGUGAUUUACCUCCAGCCCACUCUAGCAGUUACUUUAUGACCAGUCCCUAAUAGCACGACAUGAGGAGAAUUAGUGAUUAAAUGCCCCGAGGGUGUGGUAAAGUUUGUGGAGGUACACAUGAUCAAUCAGGUCAGUACCGUAAUUAGUUUCUAUUAUUUAAAACUCAUAUAAAUAAGAAUCCAAACAAGUAUGUAAUAAUUAACAGUACAUAAAAGUGUUGUGUAUGAAGGUGUUGUUUGGAUGUUCGGCAUACAAAUACGGGCAAUUUACUAAAUUGCCUGGUCGAGCGGGCGAAUUAGUAAAUUGCCCGCCCAGAGAAAAUUUAGAGAUUUUAAUGCCCGCUCGCUUGGAACAAUAGAACUCGAGGUGAUCAUGGUAUUACUAUCAUAAUUGUUAGUAGUAAUCCAUAAUUGUUGUCUUCAGGCAAACCGCGUCACGCUAAAGAUGGAUGUGUCCCAUACAGACCAUUCGCAUAUAAUUGGACGCCGUGGUCAAAGCAUCAAUAAAGGUAAGAAAAUCUACGAGAUGUACGCGGAGUAGAAAAAUUUACGUUCGGACUAUACUUUUGAGAAGAAGAACUAGCGUACAGACGUAAAAACGCACAAGUUGUAGCAGCAGACUUGUAGCUAGCAAUGCAUUUUCAACAACUUGUCAACAGGAUGUGUUCGCACUGCUUGUUCCCAGCUUGUUGACAACUUGUUACAACGUUGUUGAGCUCAACAGACUUGUUCCAACUUGUUCCAACAACUUGGUAUCGUCAAGAUUCUUGACGAUGUCACAAAAAUACAUCGUAAAAACGCAAGUUGUGACAAACCUGCAGCCGACUUGUAGCAAUGCUGUUCCAACAACUUGUCAACAGGAUGUGUUUGCACUGCUUGUUUCCAGCUUGUUGACAACUUGUUACAAAGUUGAUAAGCUCAACAGACUUGUGACAAGUUGUUCCAACAACUUGUUAUCGUCCUGCAGUUCAACAAUUUGUCAACAAGUUGUGAGUGACAACCUUGUAGCAACUUGAUAAAAUAACAGCAUUGUUACAACUUGUUGACAAGCUUGUUACCAGCCUGUUGCGAACACAUUUUGUUGACAAGCUUGCUACAAGCCUGUUGCGAGCACAACUUGUUGACAAGCUUGCUACAAGCCUGUUGCGAACACAUCUUGUUGACAAGCUUGCUACAAGUCUGUUGCGAACACAUCUUGUUUACAAGCUUGCUACAAGCCUGUUGCGAACACAUCUUGUUGACAAGCUUGCUACAAGCCUGUUGCGAACACAUCUUGUUGACAAGCUUGCUACAAGCCUGUUGCGAACACAUCUUGUUGACAAGCUUGUUACCAGCCUGUUGCGAACACAUCUUGUUUACAAGCUUGCUACAAGUCUGUUGCGAACACAUCUUGUUGACAAGCUUGCUACAAGCCUGUUGCAAACACAUCUUGUUGACAAGUUGUAAGAUUUUUACGUGAGUAGUACAGUUCGCCUUGAGUUACUGUGGAAGUAUUUUGAAAAAACAUUAUGGUACGUUUUUUCAGUAUUUGGUAAAAGAUUGAACUAUUUUUGUAGUUAUGGACGAGACGAACUGUCAUAUUCACUUUCCUGACUCAAACAGAGGAUCUGCCAGCGCCGAGAAAAGUAAUCAGGUAUGUUGUCUCCCAAACUGUUGUUUCUAUUGACAAGUAAGAUAUCGAAAACACUGAAGACAGCGUGGUACAUGUACACACGUAAAAAUGUCACAAUUUGUCAACAAGAUGUGUUCGCAACAGGCUUGUAGCAAGCUUGUCAACACGUUGUAACAAUGCUGUUAUUUUAUCAAGUUGCUACAAGGUUGUCAAUCACAACUUGUUGACAAAUUGUUGAAUUGCAGGACGAUAAUAAGUUGUUGGAACAACUUGUAACAAGUCUGUUGAGUUCAACAACCUUGUAGCAAGUGCCGUUGACAGUUUGUCAACAAGCUGGGAACAAGCAGUGCGAACACAUCCUGUUGACAAGUUGUUGGAACAGCAUUGCUACAAGUCCACUGCAGGUUUGUUACAACUUGUGCGUUUUUUCCUGUGUAUGAUUGCUACGGACUCACUUAACUGUAACAUUGCUCUUUCCCGUCCAAACACUUUCCAAUUGACAAUAUAAAAUCAUCAAAUCACCAUUUUCACUUGUUUUAUCCAUAUAAUGUUUUAGGUCUCUAUUACUGGGCAACCUGAAGGAGUCGAGAAGGCCAGAGCUCGGAUUAGAGUAAGAAUUUUUUAUUACCAGUACUUAGUAACCAAUACAGCUUUCAUUACAACUUGGACAAGCUAGGAAAGAUCUGAAAUUCUUGAUAUUUUCUCGAAUGGUUUCACGUUUGUCCACCCCUAACAGCAUUGCUGUGGAGAAAAGAUUUGCAUGCCAUCAAAAAUGUUUCCGUAGAUGAAUGGAUAAAAAACUUGUUAGUUUAAACCAGGUAUUUUCCAUAUGAUCGUAACGGUUUAUCGUAAUAGUUUUUACCUGUAAACCACAUAUAAAUCAUAAGUAUCCUUCAUUUGUAACCACUCCGCGUAUUUUCAGUUCUAAGCUGUUGUAUUUUGGCUGAUGAGAAAGAUCGUGACUCAAUCUUUACGAGACUUUAUGAAUUAUACCCUGGUUCCAGAGGCUCUUUGCGAGCCUCUGCAGGAACCAGGGUAUAUGAAUUAUGGUGGUUUAGCCACAAUGAAGCAGCCAAGCUCUGUGGGACUGUCAAAUUUGACAAAGAUUGUGGAUAAUUCAGUUUUUAUUUCCACAGGAAAUGUCACCUCUGGUGAUAUGUUUUGAGAUUCCCCACUAUGACUCGAUGUUUCUACCACUGGACCCUACGUCACCACCUAUUCAGAAUAUUUCACAACGAUAUGACGUCACUUUCAGUACAAAGGGGGUAUGUUCGCCGCAUUUACAACUAAUAUUUAUACAAUGAACUCCAUUUGGCAUUUUCACUCAUUAUAAGCGAAUUUUUGCUGUGAAUCAAUAAGUGCAUUUAGGUCUAGUCAACCAGUUCCAUUUAUGUUCUACGGGAGUUUAUACCCUGGGUUCGUACAAAACUUGAAAUUAAGUCCUUAGCCUACGGUGUAAAUCCCAGCAGAAACACGUAUUUCUGCUGGGAUCUACACCGUAGGCAAGAAAGUCCUUGAAUGUCCUUGAAUUUGAAAACACAAUUUCAGGGCCUUGAAUGUGUUGGAAUUUGCAAAGAAGUACUUGAAAAUUCUUGAAUUCUUCUUGCUUUAGUUUAUGAAUAUUUUCUGAAAUUGUUUGACAUUCAAAAACAGACAUUUUGUUGAAUUGUGAUUUGGCAUGUUCAUAUCUGACAAAAAGCUGUUUUAAAUUCAUUAAAGUUGCGUUCUGAACAAUUCAACGUCACAUUUUAUUUAUAUUUAGUUUUAUUUAUAUACAGUAUUUAGUCCAUGAAUUUGCCGCCCGAUUCAUGCUCUUGAAUGUCCUUGGAAAGUCCUUGAAUUUGACUCUCUCUGACUUGUGCGAACCCUGUUAAUACCGCGUUGUUUUUUACCAGAGAACGCAAGUGGGUUUGAUAGUAGCUGUUCGAGGGAGUCAAGACAGAGUUUCUUGUAUUAAGGUACUUUACUUUGUUUACUUUCUUCUUGACAAAAUACGCCUGGAAUUCUAAGAAAGCUUCGCAUUGAUAGGGAUACAACUACCUGAAAAAUACAAGGAGUACUUCGACGUUUCUAGUUUGUUGCAUCUCUAUCAAUUCCAAGAUUUCUUAUUAUUGCCACUACCUACAUUGUACCGCCUACACGCGUAAAAACGCACAGCUUGUAACAAGUCUGCAAACAAGUUGUUACAAGUCUGUUCACAAGCUGUCAACAAGUUGUGUUCGCACUGCUUGUUCCCAGUUUAUUGUAACAAGUUUGGAACAAGCUGUUAACAACUUGUAACAAGCUUGAUGGCAUUAUCAGCCUUGUUACAAGACUGUGCUAACAACCUUGUUACAGCCAUGAUAUAACAAGGAUGUUACAAGGUUGUCAACACAAGGUUGUAACAAUCUUGUUAUAUCAAGCAUGUAACAGACUUGUCAGAACAACCUUGCAACAAGUCUGAUAAUUUCAACAAGGUUGUUACAAGUUGUCAACAAGUUGUUCCAAACAUGUUGACAACUUGUGACAAGCAGUGCGAAUACAUCUUGUUGACGGCUUGUUGGCAGACUUGUUACAAGAUGUGAGAUUUUAAUUUUUUACGUGUGUAUGCAAAUACAUAUUACAUUUUUUUAAAACCUUUUCAGGACGCAAUUGACUGUCUUUUCAAGCAGCUUACUGGAUCAUCAGAGGUAUCAAGUUGAUCAUUUGUCUAUGUACAUACUUUAUGGAGGUGGUCCAAAUACCAUCGUUCAACAGAUGGUGAUCAACAAGAUAAUUCCCAUUAUAAACUAAUUUUAAAACUAGGCAAGGAGAUGCAAAUAAAUCACGACAGCUAGUUGUAAGAGCAUGCUAAAAUGAGUAAAAUCGCAAAGUUUGGUUGCGAAAUGUUGUAAAAUGCGGAAAAUAUAGCCUUGCAAAGUUUGCAAAUUUUGUGUGCUUUUGUAUUGCGUGCGGAAAUUGCUACCAUUUUCGGCCCAAAUGUGUAAAAUGUCCAAAAUAUAUCUCCUGUUCUCCCUGCAUCUAGAUUCCUAAUGUAGUUCAGUUAUACCUUGACGUGGCCCCCCAGCAUCACAUGUUUUUGAUUGGAGAAUCAGCUUGUAAUCUCAGGAAUAUAAUGCUACAGACUGCAGCGAAGAUCGAGUUACCAGAUCCGCGAGCGUACUCGCGUCACGGCAUGAUCACUGUGACGGGAUCAGUUAAUGCUGUGAUUCAAGCAAGAGCACUGCUUGUGGUGAGUAUAUAGAUCAAGGUUACAUUUCCCAGUGCCGUAGCAAGCUCGAUAAUUGGGGGGCUCAUAUUUAUGUAUUCGUGUUCUGCGUUAUUAAUUUCUUUUGAAAUCGAUUGUUUAUAUGGUCUGUGAACACGAAUAUAUGAAUACGAGCCCCCAAUGGAGCAUUUGCAUUAUAGACUAUAUUUUGAUCUAAACAAGUCUAGACAAAAAUUUCAUCACAGCUUGAAAGAGCAUCACAAAAUUAAUAAUAUUCCGAAGUUUCGUUGCGAAAUGUUGUAAAAUGCGGAUAAUAUAGCCUUGCGAAGUUUGCCGUUUUUCAGUCAUUUUGCAUUACGCGGGGGAAAUUGACAGCCCAAUACCCUUUGGGGCUGUCAAUUUUCCGUUUGUAAUAGAAAAUGACUGAAAAACGGCAAACUUCGCAAGGCUAUAUUAUCCGCAUUUUACAACAUUUCGCAACGAACGAAACUUUGGAAUAUUACUAAUUUUGUGAUGCUCUUUCAAGUUGUGAUGAAAUGUUUGUCUAGACUUGUUUAGAUCAAAAUUUAAUCUAUAAUGCAAAUGCUCCAUUAUCGAGCUUGCUACGGCACUGUUUCCGCUAUACGGGAUAGCUACGCUUUCCGUAGCGACGCGAAAACGCACCUAUCCGAUACGGAAUAUACAACUUUCAGAAGCUGAGCGAAACAACAUCUCUCCGUUGCAAUAAUUCCUCUGAAAAUAGCGUUCCUUAAAGGUACGGAUGGUUUUUUUUCACAUCACUACGGACAGCUAUCUGGUACAGUAUAAACGUAGCCUAAGAGGAGAAUAUUUUGUAUGUUACGUAACACGCGCUCAAAACAAUGAAUAUACGUCUCUACUUGGUUGUGACCUUAUUCAAAUUUUUCAAUUUUUGAUACGUUAAGGUUACAGGACACCCUUUUUGGCGUUUUGCGGAAAAUCGCUACUGCGCGCUCAAUAUCAGUCCGAUUUUCAUCAAAUUUUCACCAAAUGUUCUCCUGUGCAUGCAAAAUAUAGUAAAGUUGUAAAAUUAACAAACAAUAAAAUAAUGUAAGAAUUAUUCGGGAAAAUAAAAUAGUUGUUCUAAAAAAUUGUGUUUGGAAAUUUUUGUUUAUUUCGUCAUUCCGCUGAUAUGGCGAUUUCUUUGACGACUGCAAUAUAUUUCUGAAUUGUUUGAGUGAAUUGCUCUUUAUUUUUAAAAUAUCCAAAAUUAAGAAAAAGCCGAACACAAUUUUGAAACUGACUUCUUUAUCCAUGUCCUGUGAAAAUGUGAGAAAAAUUGGUUAAAACCCGCAGGAGCACAACUCAUUUGAAAAUCAGUAAUUGCCGUAAACUUUUUCGGGAGAAAAUUGAAUUUGAAUAUUACAUUUUCAAUGUUUUUCUUAUUGCAGCGAAAUGUACUUUAUUAAAUAACUCUGCGAGUUUUCAACAUUUUUCGUCCAAACUUGGUCAGAUAUUAGAACUAGUCUAAUGCUUUCAUGCAAACCAAUAAAAAAAUUUUAGCCAAAAUUAACACUCAAAGGUGUUCUGUAACCUUAAUGAGUUUACCUUCAUUUAAUUAGGCCUUCGUUUUUGCUAAACAUUGCUUGAUUGAAAUGAAUUUGAUUUUUCAGAAUUGUUUGCCGUUGUUGCUAAUGUUUGAUUUGAAGGAAGAAGAGGCAAGACAUCUUCAAGAUCAACCAGGUUAGAAUUCUUCAUUACAAUGGAUGAUUGCAGCAAAAGACUGAAUUUUGAUCGAGGCAAGAAAAACAAAAUCCAUCCCCAUAGCUAGAAAGAGCAUGUUAAAAUUAGUAAAAUUGCAAAGUUUGGUUGCGAAAUGUUGUAAAAUGAGGAAAAUAUAGCCCUAUGAAAUUUGCAAAUUUUGUAUUUGUAUGGGAAAUGCACCACUUUCGACCCAAAUGUCGUGCAUUUUCCCGCGCGUAAUGCAAAUUAAUACAAAAUUUGCAAAUUUCGCGGGGUUAUAUUUUUCGCAUUUUACAACAUUUUGUGGCCAAACUUUGCAAUUUUACUAAUUUUAACAUGCUCUUUCUAGCUUUGGUGAUAGAUUUUGUUUUUCCUGCCUAGAUCAAAAUUUAGUCCUAGCGCUAGGGCUAGGUUAAGUCAAAAUUAUAUGUAUGACAUUUUGUCUAACAACAGAUAAUUUUAUUCGUCCAUUUUAUUUCAGAGAAAGUAAAACAAAUCGAGACAAAGUUUUUUGUAUCGAUAACGAUCAAACCAAAACCGAAACAAUCAAGCAAGGUAAAAUAUAGUGGAGAUUUUCAUCCUUUCUUUUUAUAAAAGUAGUUAGUAUUUCGUGUAAUAUAUAUAUAUAUAUAUAUAUAUAUAUAUAUAUAUAUAUAUAUAUAUAUAUAUAUAUAUAUAUAUAUAUACCAUAUGAGCGGUCGUAUUGUAUCAAUUUACAAACUCGAGCUGAAGACGAGAGUUUGCAUAUCCGAUACAACACGACGCGAAUGUUGUAAAUGCUUGUGAAACGUCUUGAUGAGAACAUUCGUAUUCUUUAACAAUUCGAAAUAAAUGAAUGAUAUUUGGUGAGAAAAUUGAACUUAAAGUCAGUAUGAUUAUGGGCGCUUUCCAUUAACACAGCCAGAUCGGUCAGAACGGUCAAAUUGUCGAAUGGGACACAAAACGUUUUUUUACUUUACUUUACUUUUUACUUUAGGUAGGGCUUUGGAACCUACCUGACCGGAAAAUUUGGAUAGAAUGAGGUCCAUUUUCGCUAAAUAUUUGAGAAACAUAGACCAGAUCUUUCCAUUGAUACGGAGACAAAAAUUCGAGACGUCUGGCCAGUCAGGCAUUUAAAUGGAAAGCGCCCUUUGUAUCAGAUAUACAAACUCCUUCACGCUCAUGGAUUUCUUUUGUGUUUUCCUCAUGAAUUAUUAACGAGUUUCACAUUUAAUUUUACUAAACUUUGCAUGAAGUGUCAAAAUAUUUUUUCCUAUUUUCUUCAGUCCGUCACAAUCAAGAGCAAGGAAAACAACGCUCAAAAUAUGUACCUCACCCGCUUAGAAAUCCUGGGGAACCCAAUGGACCCACAAAUUAUGCAACACCCACCUCCCCUCGCACCACCUUUCCUUCACAGUACCUCGUGGUUUGCUGCUAACCAAACAAGUAUCGACUUCUCUCCCUACUCCUCGCCAUACACCUCUCCCCUCGCUUCCCCCACUCCACAUUCAAUAAGUUCAAUACGGUCAGAUUCACCCGUGUUCCAUACACGGCGAACACCCCCACCCACUAAUCUCAAAUGUCCUCCCGGAUUUGACCUCUGGGGGCGACACCAUCGCUCUGAAAGCUUCAAUAAUGGCGAAUAUCACAGACGAACGAACUCGGCUGAUAACAAUCUCUCAAAAGUUGUUCGCGAUGCAGUUUCAGAAGGAGGUUGGUAACUAGCUGGUUAUAGUUUACUUCUAGUUUGACUCACAAAACAUCCCAGACUUUCUCUGAGUGCUCGGGUUUCCUCCUGUAGUAACAUUAAAUCAAUAAGAGAUAACUCUUACUGGACAUAUAUCUUGGGGGAACAGUUUACAACUGAUAGAGCUGUCCAGUAUAAAUAAAGUUAGUUUAGUUUAGGUUUCCUUCUGUAGUAACACUGGAUCAAUAAGAGAUGAUCUUUACUGGAUCUCUAGGGAGAACAGUUUAGAACUGAUAGAGCUAUCCAGUAUAAAUAAAGUUAGUUUAGUUUAGGUUUCCUCCUGUAGUAACACUGGAUCAAUAAGAGAUGAUCCUUACAGGACCUCUAGAAAGAACUGUUUAGAACUGAUAGAGCUAUCCAGUAUAAAUAAAGUUAGUUUAGUUUGGGUUUCCUCCUGUAGUAACACUGGAUCAACAAGAGAUAAUCCUUACUGGACCUCUAGGUAGAAGAGUUAUCCUGAUCCAGUAAAAUAAAGUUAGUUUAGUUUAAUUUUCUUCCUGUUGUAACAACUGGAUCAAUAAGGGACCACUUCGACUGGAGAGACGUGUAGAAGUGAUAGAGGUAUCGAAAGUUAGUUUAGUUUAGCUUGGGUGUAGCUUUACUGUAAGUUUACACACAAACCUAAAAACCACACACAAACCUACAUGGUUUGUAUUUUCUUUUUUAGGCUCACCAAAUGAAUCAUAUGAUUUCAUGGUUCCUCGCAGGAAUUCUGAGCCCACAUCUUAUGCUGAAGCAUGGAAAUCCUCUUCUAAUGGUAGCCAGAGUAAGGCGCCAGGCUCCUCUGCUCGGAACACCCCUCGUACCAGUCCUCCUCGAACCAGCCCUCCUCGUUCAAGUUCUCCUCGAACCAGCGAGAUACUAAACACACAACAACGGUAUACAUUUCUUGAAGGAACAAAGAAUGCUGGGUAAGGAUUUGGGCAGCACGUGGACAGCAUGUGGCCAGCACGUGAACAGCUGGUUGCCUUUUUUACACACGUAAAAAUUCUUACAUCUUGUAGCAAGUCUGCCAACAAGUCGUCAACAAGUGGUGUUCGCACUGCUUGUCCCAAGUUGUCAACAAGUUUGGAGCAAGCUGUGAGCAACUUGUAACAACCUUGUUGAUAUUAACAUACGUGUUGCAAAGUUGUUCCAACAAGUCCGAUACAGUCAUGAUAUAACAAUAUUGUUACAACCUUGUGUCGUCAACCUUGUAUCAUUCUUGUUAUAUCAUGAGUGUAUCGGACUUGUUAGAACAACUUUGUAACAAGUCUGAUAAUGCCAUCAAGUUUGUUACAACUUGUUAACAGCUUGUUCCAAACUUGUUACAACAACUGGGAACAAGCAGUACGAACACAACCUGUUGACAGGUUGUGAACAGAUUUGUAACAACUUGUUUGCAGACCUGUAACAACUUGUGCGUUUUUACGUGUGUACAAAUGGUCAAAUCAAUGCCGUUUGACGGAAGAUAUAAAUAUUUUAUUUUAUAUUUUAGAUCUCACAAACUGCUCGAUUCCCAUGGCUCAAACCCAGCGAGUUCAUUUGAUUCUCUGGCCUCCGUGUAAGUGAACGAGAUCAUCAAUGGUUUUCUGUUUAUAAUUUCACGUCGCUUAUGAGAAGAGGCUCCAUUUUAAACUCACUCUGAUUUUCUUACUUUAUUUUUUGUAGUUCUUUCAAUAUGGAUCGUUGCAUGAACUCGUCACCAACAAACAAGGUACAAAAAUGGAUGAUUCGAGCUAUAGGCGAAAUUUUGAUCUAGACAAGACGAACGUAAUCCAUUCCGAUAGCUGGAAAGAGCAUCUUAAAAUGAGUAAAAUUGCAAAGUUUGGUUGCGAAGUGUUGUAAAAUGAGGAAAAUAUAUGUAUUUGCAUUACGCGUGGGAAAAAUGACCAUUUUUGAGCCGAAAUUUUACUUCGCAUAAAUACAUAAUACAAAUUUGCGAACUUCGCAGGGCUAUAUUUUCCUCAUUUUACAAUAUUUCGCAACCAAACUUUGCAGUUUUACUCAUUUUAAGAUGCUCUUUUUAGCUAUGGUAAUGGAUUCGUUUUUCUUGUCUAGAUCAAAAUUUCUAGCUUGUUAACAAGUUGUGACAAUGCUGUUCCAACAACUUGUCGACAAAAUGCGUUUGCAAUAGGUUUGCAUCCAUUAAAUUCUUUGUUUGAAACGAUUUGCCUACAACUACAACUUAUAAGUUAAUCAAAGCAUAUGAGAAAAGUCCCCAUUAUGAUAUGUUCUUGUCAGCUGCUGUCUGCUGAUUGCGAGAGAUACAGCUCCCUGAAAGAGACAAGCUGGAUUUCGACGUUUCGAGCGAAGGCCCUUUAUCGGAAGUUAGUGACUGGACGAGUUCUUGUUUAAUUGAAUUUUUUGUUUUAGUUUGCAGACUACGAAAGAAAGAAAGGAAUUUCAACAGAAUGUAAGUGUUCAAUUUAAAAACUGAACUGAUGUUGAACAAAUGAAUGUAUGCAACGAAUAAAAUCAUGUCUAUGCGACAAAAUAGUGGAAAAAAAUAACGCAUUACAUUGUUCAUCAUUUCGUUUUCUAGUGAUGACAAAAAAAGUCGAUCAAAGUCAAGUACGAGUCCCAACAGAUCUGUGGAGUGGCCUGCAUCUUUCAAAGUCUGCUGACUUUGAAGCUUUGAAGAAAAAAGAGGUUAGUCGACUUAGUCCUAGUCGUUUUGUAAAAGCUAGUCAUGCCUGGUUUUGGACAAGGAAAAUUUGUUCGUGUGUUCGGCCGCCAAGGAAAACUUGACAAGUGUUCAAGAAAUACUUUUAUGGUUUUGGCAAACAAAAAGACGAUCUUGAUGUGAGAUAAAUGUUUAACAUGAUUCCGUGCACACGAGAAACAAAACUUGUCAAGGACAAUUUGUUGACUGUACACACGAGAAAGUAAACUUGUCAAGGAAACUUGUCAAGGAAAACUUGUUGACUGUACACUAGCCUGCGAAUACAGACGCCUCACAUCGGGCGAAAUGUAGCUGUAUUCGCAGGCUAACUGUACACACGAGAAACUAAACUUGUCAAGGAAACUUAAUAAGGGAAACUUACUUGUCUGUUUGGGGCUUUUGAUACAACUAAUAGCAUAGGAGAACGGGGCUGAUGUUUUCUGGGGGGGGGGGGGGGGGGGGCAGUUGAAAGUUUGCCCGAAUUUUUAUGGAGAAUUGUAAUGAAAUAACCUGAUUUUAACAUAUUUUCUGAUAAAUCUGCCCGAAUGUUCUUGAUUUUUCCUAGCGUUUGCCCGAAUUUCCAUGGUUUCUCCAAAAUUUUUUUUUGGGGGCAGCGAAAGAAGCGAGAGACACCCAAUCACCUUCAGUAGAGGUAUGAUAUCAUCGAGUUUUGUGUACUAUUUACAAUAUAAGCUUCCUUGUUGUAUCGGAUACACAAGCUCGAGCCGAAGGCUUGUGAAACGUCUUGAUGAGAACAUUCGUAUUCUUCAACAAUUUAAAAUAAAUGAAUGAUAUUUGGUGAGAAAAUUGAAAGUUUAUGCAAAUCAGCAGGAUUUUGUACCAGAUAUACAAACUCCUUCACGUGAUUUCUUUUGUGUUUUCUUCAUGCAUUAUUAAUGAGUUUCACAAUUUAUUUUCUAAACAGACUAAUGUAAAGCCAGAAUUACUUGAUUGGAGGGUCAGGAGAGAUCCAAGUGCCUCAAUGCAGGUGAGGAUAUUUUUAUACUCGAGUGGCUUUCGCAGUAAGCAUGCAAUCUAACAUAAAACAAAUUAAUUAAUAUAUUCUGCAUUAUAGCCUUUAUACCUUCGUUUUAUACAUAUAGCAGUCUCGAUUUUGUGACAGUUUUAACUUUAUUUUCGUCUUGUUCAACAGGUUUUAAGGCCGAGAAACACUUAUAAAAGUCCCUGUAAGUAUGUAGAUAAAUAUAAAAAAUGUCACUAUAAGUAUAUUCAUAAUAUUUUCAAGAGAAACAUCAUAGGUAAUAGCAUGGAUUGUAAAAUAACUGGAUAGGAUAACUGUAUUUUAUUAUCCAUGGUAACAAAGGCUACCCCAUAGCACGUAUAACAGAUUAUAUAUGCUGUAUAUAUGUAUAUGUAUAUGGCAAUUUCUAGGAAAUGCCAUUAUCCUAGAUCUUUUAUUCUUUAGAUCAACAACCUGGAGGUAUUCCUAUCGCUAACGAAAGAGGAUUUGAAGGAAGGUGGCUUUGAACCACUGGGGGUGAGAAAGAAAAUCGAAAAUGCCAUCGAAAGUGAGCAUAGAAUAAUCUAAAGUUUUAUUUUUUGGAAAGAAAAUGCAGAAUAAAGCCCAGUCAAACAAAAUGAGAGUCGAUAAGAGUUGACAGUCACACAUUGUUACAGGGGACAUUUCAAGCUCUAGAUUAACAAAAAAAGGUUCGAUGAGUGUUCCAACUAUGUUCAGUUUAACUUAAAUAGAAUACAUGAUAGUGUUGGGAAAGUAUUAAGAACAGCUAACCAAGAUCUCGCCAACUCUCACGCGCUCUCAUCCUUGUUUUAUUCUGGUUUAAGAUGUCAGUUCCAAAUUCCUGUUUAAUUGUUUGUCUGCUGUCAGCAAUAAAAAAUAGGGUCCGUAGAUGUCAGGGUCAAUCCAACCCGCAGGAGUUGCUGCGAAAAAAGGAACCACAGCCCCACUCUGCUGGCAUCGAAUCCGCUGCCCUGCGAAGUAACAUCGUUGUAGUUUUCACAAUCCAAUUCUAUGAGUUGUUUCAAAAGAUUAUUGAAGCUACUUUUCCAAAACAAUAAUUAUGUAAAUAGUUUGUAUGUUUGUUAUUUAUUUAUGUUUGUUAAUUGUCUAAAGAAUAAUUAUGUAAAUAGUUUGUAUGCUGUAUAUGUAUUAGUGUUAAUCUUACACGUCCCCUAUGGAAAUCAUCGAAAGAUGUUAGAGCUAAGGUGUUUAAAUAUGUAUGUAUGUAUGUAGGUGUAAAAAGAGGAAUGGAAGAAGUGAGAAGAAAGGCUGUGGCUAACAGAGCUGAGAACUACCGGGUCUGUAAUCCCUUCAAUGAUUUCAACACUCGAAGUGGUCGUUUUUAACUGAUGGUCAUUUAUGAUGCAUACAGUUAAGCCUUCUGAUUGGCUGCAGUGUCAAGAUUUGAAUUAUUCCCGUUUGAAACGGUCAGCCGUGCGGUGUAUGACAUCAACAUUGAGGAAGCUUAUACGGUGGUCGAAGUUUAUUAACCAACGUGGAAUGUUUAGUAUUUAAUAUAUUAAUAAGGUUGAAAACCAAACAGUAGUGUUCUAAUGUCCUAUCACCGACUCUUAAAUUAACUGGAUAGAGGUAGUUUCGUUUGGAAUUUUAUUGAACAAUAGAUUUAAUCAACUAACGUAUGUCUAUGCGCGAUUGCUUGUGUCCAAUUCAGAGUUUUAGAUAACUCGUGUGAGCCUAGUUACCACUGUUUUGAUAAUGUAAGCAUAGAAUGGAACAAAGGUAACCAAAUUUCACAUGUCUAGUUACCACUGUUUUGAUAAUGUAAGCAUAGAAUGGAACAAAGGUUUUAAAUGGUAUAUGUGAGCGAAUUGAGUCCCAACUGUCAUAGACAGCGCGUUAGUUUAUUAUGUCUAUUUUCGGAGCUUGAGUAUUUAUAAUAACAUUGAGGUUGUGUUUGUUUCAAAUGGGUUGAAAAAUAGACCAUUUUUGGAAUUAUACCAAUUAUGGGUACUGGGUAAAUACCAUCUGAUCAUAUUUUGUGAUUGGCUUGUUUCUUCAUAAGUUUUAUUGUGUUUCAUUGCUAAAUAUAUUGAGCCAAUCACAAAAGCUGUUCAAGACGGUUUGAAGUGAUCCUGUCUGGAAAAGUUUGUUUGUUUUGGAUAAGAAAGGGAUCGCUGGCUCAAGGUUUUAAAUAUGAUCCCGGAAUGGGGUUUGAUAGCUAGGAACAUUUUGCAAUUAUGUGCGUUAUGAUGCAAUUUAUAUAGUAACUAUAAUCUGUUGUAGUACAGUAUUAGUUAUGAAACUGUUUUCUAAUAGAACUUAAGUUUAAGUGGUUGUACGUGGUAGUGAAAUGAACCCUUCUACACAUUGUAACCAGGAACAGUAAAAUAUUUGUAUCAAAUAAUUUUAUUGGGAUUGGAUAGCACAGUGUAAGGAUUAGGCAUUGUCUGUCAAGAUGUGAUGGUGAACAUAAGUUAUUGUGUCAUGUUUUUGUCGGAGUUUAUGCUAAUUUGUGCAAGGUCAUGGUCAUUGAGCUCAUUGUAUUUUUGUAUAAUGAAGUAGGGAUAGCUGUCAUGAAACGUGCAACCACGAUGAAUAAUAUUUAAUGAAGUUGAGACGAAGGAUUUGUGCAUGGUGAGUACAGUUCAACAUCAAACUAAGGUCUUCUAUUUUGUAGCUUCGAAGUUCUUCUAACUUCAAAGCAGACUUUGAUAUCUUUGAAGCAGACUUUAACAGCAGACUUUUAAGCAGACUCUGAUAUCUUUGAAGGUAGUUCUUUGUCUCAUCUAGUUGAGACAAAGAAUUUUUGCAUGGUGAGGAACAGUUCAACAUCAAACAAAUGUCUUCCAUUUUUGUGGCUUUGAAGUUUUCCAGGCUUCCAAACCAUCAUAUCUUGACAGAGUAUGGUUUAGGGUUUAGGUUAGUAAGUUAUUGGAACUGUUAGGCGUUAUUACCAAUAUUAUAUCGUAUAUAUUGGCCAUGUGGAUAUUGUCUAGGAAGAUCAUUUCUCGUGAAGAUUGCCUUGAAUGCGACUUGUCGCGUGGUGUAAUGCUACGUAGUGAAUUUUGUUAGUGGAAUUGUAGCUUGUGUGAAAAUCUUUUAAAAAGUAGCUAAAAACUUUUUGAAUUGAUUAAAAGAUUAAUUUGCAGUUG